AUGGAGGGUGAAACAUCUUGGGUAAAUAGUUGUUUUGAGGACCCAACAAAUGACAUUGGUGAAUUUGAUUCAUUUUCUGAACUUAGUGAUGAAGGCAAUAAAGAAGUUAAUGUCGUUUCAGUGGAUUUAAUCUUGCCUGAUGAUCUGCUAGAACGAAUCCUAGCUUGUCUCCCCAUUGCUAGCAUCUUCAGAGCUAGCUGUGUGUGUAAAAGAUGGCACGAGAUUGUUAGUUCAAGGAGGUUUUUAUGGAACUUCUCACAUGUCCUGCCACAAAAACCUUGGUAUUUUAUGUUCACAAGCUCUGAUGAACCUGUUGGCUAUGCUUUUGAUCCUGUCCUUCGAAAGUGGUAUGGCAUUGAUCUUCCCCACAUCAAGACGUCCAAUUGGUCCAUUGCUUCAUCAUGCGGCUUGGUUUCCUUCAUGGACAAUGACAGCAGAAGUGAGUUGUAUGUCUGCAACCCUAUCACCAAACACUGCAGGCAGCUUCAUGAGCCCCCGGGCUUAAAGUUUUCGGAUUACAGUGCACUUGCAAUUUCCGUGAACCGGAUAUCACAUGGUUAUACUAUCUCAAUUGUGAAGUCUAAGCAAGUCCCUGAAAAUUUUUUCCAAUGGGAUCUCUCUAUCCAUAUCUAUGAUUCUGACACGAUGAUGUGGGUAACUUCUUGUGCAGAGGUUUUGACAGGAUGGAGAGCUGGUGAUGAGAGUGUGAUCUGUGAUGGGGUCUUAUACUUUUUGAUAUAUUCUGCCGGAGGCGGCACCCAAGAAACCCGUCAUGCUCUAAUUACAUACAAUCUAUCCAGCAGAUCUUCUCAUGGCUUGUUGAUAAGAAGUUUUAUUAAAGUACCUUGUCCUCUUACUUGUGGCCGACUAAUGAAUUUGAAUGAGAAGCUUGUGAUGGUGGGAGGAAUUGGUAAACAAGACCGGCCUGACAUAAUAAAAGGGAUUGGCAUCUGGGUUUUAAAUGGCAAGGACUGGCAAGAGAUUGAACGUAUGCCCUACAAGUUUUUCCAAGGAUUUGGGGAGUUGGACGAAGUUUUUGCUAGCAGCGGUGCAGAUAAUCUUAUAUACAUCCAGAGUUAUGGGGCUCCAGCUCUUCUUGUUUUUGACAUUAACCAGAAACAAUGGAAGUGGUCACAGAAGUGCCCAGUGACAAAGAGGUUCCCUCUUCAGCUCUUUACUGGUUUUUGCUUUGAACCUAGGCUUGAGAUGGCACCAUAA